UCCGAUGCUUUUGCCUCCUUCUUACCCAACCUUCAUGAGCUCCGUUUGACACCGAUACCUCCGGAAUUUGUCAUUGUACCUUCUGCUCUAGUCCCACCACCACAAGCACCACCUUUCAAUUUUAUCCCACCUCAUACGACCACAGGCCUCCAGCACCUUUGGCCUUCUAUGGUAGCAAACCUCCCACUCCCAACCGAAACAGCUGUUCUGCGUUACCCCUGGCACUGCCACACUCCCCUCGCCCUAUCCGAUCCGGUGCCAAACUAG